UCAAUCGGAUAUCGACCUCUGGCCUCUGAUCAUGGUCAACAAGCUGCAAAGACUACGGAUAGCUGUCGUUCAACAUCGUUCGAGUUGAAAACCGGACACCUGAAUAUCGCCCCGGCCCCUUACCGAUUGCUGCACCUAUCGACCUUUCAGACAUGCCCGUCCUGCUCAAGUUCCUCCUCCCGAAACCGGGAACCACCUACCCCCCGACCGAGCCUGCCUUGGUCAACAGCUCCACCCCGAACAAGAUCGAGAACGAGCAUUUCGAAGGAGAAAUCUCGAUGUGGAUCAAAGAUUACAACGGCCUCAAGAACGGAGGGGAAGAGGAUCUGUAUUUCGGCCAGCCGGGGCGGGAGGGGAGUACUUAUGCGUUGGUUGUGAAAGGCAAACAUCUGGGACCGAUAUCUGCAAACGAUCUGCUAUUCGGAAACGUCUUUGAGAAGCCCAUCCGAAGUAGCUUGCCAUGGGGUACUUCUAUCGCGAUGAAGUUUAUCAACUGGGUAGAUCCGACCGUUGAGAUGGACCCAUACUCGGACAAACCUUGGGCUCUAUCACCUCUGCUAGCAUCGAUGAACUACCUCUCCGUUAAGCCUGCCAGUGAACCAGUGGACUCCAAAAAGACCAUUACCGAAGACUCUCACUCGGGAAUCGAUACCAUGUGGAAGAACUCAGCUGAGGGCAAGCAGGAUAGCCAGUCGGAAGAGCCACAGGAAUGGGAGACGGGGACCGCGGCGGGGAUCAGCGCGAGAAGACGAUGGUUGACGAAGAAGGAAAAUCGGGAAGAGUUGAUUGUCGAUAAAGACUGGCAGUUCGGUUGCGAAUUCGGGAACGGUCUGAUCGACUUCAAAACCCUGCACGUCGUCCUGCCCCAUCCUUUCCCACUCAGAAUUCCCCUGCUCAAAUAUUGGGACGGACAGCCGGCGAUCUACAUCUGUAAAUCCAGGGACGGGAAAAAGAUCUUUUGGUCGAUGGCUAUCCAGAUCGAGGCGGUGGAUGAUACGGAUUACGUAUCUGCCAAGGAGGACGUCGUCGCAGAGAACGACGAGGUCAAGGGGGCCGUGGAGGAGUCUGAAGAGAAAGGAAGGCCAGAAGUGGGAGGGGGGCUCGGGAAGAAACCGGAGGAGCUGAACGAUGAUGUGGAUUAGAUGCAAGACGCCAACCUGGUGGAGUGAUUGUAGACUGGUGCACGGAAAUACCCCUUGAUACACGCAGGCGAUUCACCGAGACUGUAUAGACUUGCAUGACUGUAUCUCUUCGAACCAUAGACGAUGGAUUUCAUUUUGCCUACCAUUCUUAAGAGACAGUCUGUUCCCGCCUUCUUGGGGCAUCGUUUCAGUUUCGAUA